GAAGCACUUCUUCUGUUUUACCUCCAAACACCACAAACAACAACAACGCCUCUGCCAAAUCGAAGUGGCCCCAGCACACCCCCAGGCCCUGUGUGGGAUGUGAUCACUGACCCCACGUCCUGUCAGACCUGACUGAUGGGGUGAAGUCCUGAGGAACUGAAAAUGACUUUGAGCAAAAACAGUACAGUUCCAUUCAAAGUGCAGAGCCUGAGCAUCCAUCCAUCCAUCCAUCCAUCCAUUAUUGAGACGUGAUUGUCAUGUGACCAGUACAUCAUUAUUCAGUGGAGCAGAUAAUUAAAUUGGCCUAAUUCGGCUGGUUAAUUACAAAAAAGGAGAGUUACAGUAUAAAAUCUGUGAAUGAGAGCAAGUGUGCAGGGACAGAAAUCUCUGAGUUUCAUGUUGUAGCUUUAAGGACAAGUUCAUUUUCACUUUAUUGUAGUUUCAGUUGUGUUAAACAGUUUCACUUCAGUGCACAUUUAUGCAUUAAUGCCUGCAUGAGCUCGGGGCUGAACAAGCAGUGUGUGUGAGAGAGAGAGUGUGUGUGUGUGUGUGAGAGUGUGUGGGGACGCGCGCUCACACUUCCUCUUUAUGUUGAGUCUCUUCUGCGCGCACACACACACACACUGAUCAACUCUCUCUCACACACACACACACUGAUCAACUCUCUCACACACACACACACACACUGAUCUACACUCUCUCUCUCUCUCUCUCACACACACACACACACUGAUCUACACACUCUCUCUCUCUCUCUCUCUCUCUCACACACACACACACACACUGAUCAACACUCUCUCUCUCUCUCUCUCACACACACACACACACACUGAUCAACACUCUCUCUCUCUCUCUCUCUCACACACACACACACACUGAUCAACUCUCUCUCACACACACACACACACACACACACACUGAUCAACUCUCUCUCACACACACACACACACUGAUCUACACUCUCUCUCUCUCUCUCUCUCUCUCUCACACACACACACUGAUCUACACACUCUCUCUCUCUCUCUCUCUCUCUCUCUCUCUCUCACACACACACACACACACUGAUCAACACUCUCUCUCUCUCUCUCUCACACACACACUGAUCAACACUCUCUCUCUCUCUCUCUCUCUCACACACACACACGCCUCUUCCUCGUUUGCGUCUCCUCCAGCUGCGCGGGGUGUGUGUGUGUGUGUGUGUGUGUGUGAGAGGGUGAUGUCUCCUGGGCGCUUGUUCUGACCCGCAGCUUCUUCUCCGCGUGCGUGUGUUCUGGGCAUGAAAUGCGCUUCACCGGCUCCCUGAAGGUGCGCGUGGGCGAGGCCGUGGACCUGAAGCCCACCAGCGCGUCCACGCGCCACGCCGUCGCUUUCGGUAAAUCCAGCGGUUUGGGGCUGAACCUGCAGCUGGGCGCGCACGCGGGCCUGGACCCGUACGUGGUGGUGAAGGUGGAUGAGCGCGCGGUGGGUCAGACCCGCUCCAAACCGCGCACCAACGCGCCCACAUACAACGAGGAGUUCAGCGCGUGCGUGAGCCGCGCCGAGGGGCUGGAGCUCGCCGUCUUCCACGACUCGCCCAUCGGCUACGACGACUUCGUGGCCAACUGCACCAUCCACUUCGAGGACCUGAGGAAGGGUUCGAGUCCCGAGGAGACAUUCGAAGGAUGGGUUGACCUGGAGCCUGAGGGGAAGGUGUACAUCCAAAUCACUCUCAAUGGAUCAUUUAUUGAUGGUUCAGAUGACCCCGCCCCUCCUCCCACGUUUAAGGAGUUCAGCCGGAAGCGUCAGCGUGCAGUGAGACGGAGAGUCCAUCAGGUCAACGGACAUAAGUUCAUGUCCACUUUCCUGAAGCAGCCCACUUUCUGUUUCCAUUGCAAAGACUUUAUAUGGGGUGUUUUUGGAAAACAGGGGUACCAGUGUCAAGUGUGUACUUGUGUUGUCCACAAACGGUGCCAUCAGUUUGUCGUCACUGUGUGUCCACGCAUGAAGAAACCUGCCAAAGAACAGCAGGCAGUGAAUCAGGGUUUCAGCAUUAACGUUCCCCACAGGUUCAAUGUGCAUAAUUAUAAGGUUCCUACAUUCUGUGAUCACUGUGGAUCUUUACUGUGGGGCCUCGUGAAGCAGGGACUGCACUGUAGCAUCUGUAAGAUGAAUGUUCAUAUCCGCUGUAAAGGAAACGUUGCGCCGAACUGUGGUGUGAAUAACGUGGAGCUCGCUAACAAAUUAGCGGAGAUGGGACUUCAACCGGGAGGGACGAUAAAGCGCAACACACUGAACCCGUCCGCUGUAGAGCCCUCAUCUCGACGUGUCAGUGUGACGAAACCACAAGAGAAUAAAGGUCGAAUGUUGCACAUCGAGGAUUUUACGUUUCUCCAGGUUCUUGGCAAAGGCAGCUUUGGCAAGGUGAUGCUGGCCCGCUUGAACGACUCCAAUCAGGUCUUCGCUGUGAAGGUUUUGAAGAAGGAUGUGAUUUUGCAAGACGAUGAUGUUGAGUGCACGCUGACGGAGAAACGAGUGCUGACGCUUGCACACACACACCCCUACCUCACACACCUGUACUGCUGUUUCCAGAACCUGGAGCGAUUGUUCUUCGUGAUGGAGUUUGUGAACGGAGGUGAUCUCAUGUUCCACAUCCAGAAGUCGAGGAAGUUCGAGGAGAACAGAGCUCGAUUUUACACAGCUGAGAUCACCUGCGCACUCGUCUUCCUGCACAGCAAGGGCAUCAUAUACAGGGAUCUGAAGCUGGAUAACGUGCUGCUGGAUCAGGAUGGUCACUGUAAACUGGCAGAUUUUGGGAUGUGUAAAGAGGGAAUGUUUGAAGGAGCCGCAACCGGAACUUUCUGUGGAACUCCAGAUUACAUUGCUCCUGAGAUCCUGCAGGAGAUGCUGUACGGGCCAUCGGUUGAUUGGUGGGCUCUGGGCGUGCUCCUUUAUGAGAUGCUCUCAGGCCACGCCCCCUUUGAGGCAGAGAAUGAGGACGAUUUGUUUGAGUGCAUUCUGAAUGAGGAGAUCGUUUACGCAUCGUGGUUGAGCACUGACGCUGUAGACAUCCUUAAAGCUCUCCUGAUGAAGAAUCCGUCUCGUCGUUUGGGCUGCGUGGCGGUGAACGGUGGAGAAAACGCCGUCAUGGCGCACGCGUUCUUCAGCACCAUCGACUGGGACAAACUGAAACGGCGAGAAAUCGAGCCUCCGUUUAAACCCCAGAUCAAAGCCAGUGAGGACGUGAACAAUUUCGACCCCGACUUCACGAGCGAAGACGCCAUUCUCACUCCCAUCGAGGAAGCUUUGAUCCCACAGAUCAACCAGGAUGAGUUCCAAGAUUUCUCUUACACCUCAGAGGAAAUGCUGAAAUACUGUGCUUCGUAAAAUAAGAAAAGAAAAAAAAGCAGUCAAAGAAAAACAAAGUGAUGUCACAGGAAGAAGACGAUGGCGUCCAGUGGGUUGAGUCAUGACCUCGUGCUCAUGGCUGUUUUGCUGCAGCUGCGUUUAAACUCGUGUCAGGAUGAGCGAAACUACGCUGUGAUGAGACGUGAACUGAGGCCGUUCGGUUGGUUUGGCAAGUGUUUUUCUGAAAUUAGCAAAUACUUUGAUCUUACCAAGAAAAACACGGGACUCACCAGAGAUGAGACGAGAUGCGAUGGCAUCAAAUUUUAUCUGAUUUUUAAAAAGAAAAUGUGAAACAGAAAUCUGGGCCUGCUCAUGAACUUGCAGCGCGUCAGAAGUUUGGCUUGGAUCACUGAAUUGAACAGCUGUAGCUGAUUUUCAUGCAGCAAACUGAGAAAAUGAACACGUUAAUAUCACACGAAGGACGAUGACAUCAUAUUGCUUCAAUCGCUGCAUUUUGUGAAACUAAAACUAAGUAUUUAAAUUCUUCCCAGCGUUAGUGAAGACAAUUGUGACUGUUGCUUUUAUACUAAACUCUGCAGGUGAGUUUUUAAAAUGAAGCUUUUUUAUUUUGUCAUUGUGUCGGUGGAAAUGAUUCGUAUUACAAGCAUUUUAUAUUUUAUUGUAGCUAAAGUUAGUUUUUAUUAUAUGAGAGAAAAUAUGAUGAUCAGAUUCCACUCAAAAAAACCAAAAACAAAACUGUGGCAGUAUUGCAUCGAAACUGAUCAUUGUAUAAUACUCUGGGUCACUGUGGGCGGAGCUAAAGUUACAUUUGCGAUGUGUUGAGCGAACUCGUAGCCAUUAUUUAUUUUAAAUUUUUACUCCUUUGGCUUGAUGUCCAGCUGAGCAGGAAAUAAAAUGUUAUUGUUUAAAGCACUGUAAUUGUUUAGCAGGUAAUAUUGGCUAGUUUUAAUAAGCUAACUUUUUAAUUUUUAACACGACGAGCCAUGAUUAGCGAUGUAACACGAGCUAGGUCGUUAUUUAACCUUGGCACAGGUAUCUGGCUAGCUUAGCUAAUCUCACUAAAUUACUGUAUUGUGUAGCGAAGCAGAACGUCAUGUGAAAGAUCUGAAGUUUGAAGCUGAACUUAAGCUCCGCCCCCACUGAGCCAGCGAUGGCUUGGUCUUCUGCAUGUAUUCUUCAGCACUUUGUCACUCGCAGCUGGAUUGUCUGAUCUUCAGAGUUAUGUUUUGCCCUUACUGUCAUAACCUACUGCUCUUUAUUAAAGAGUUAAUGCCAAA